AUGGGCCGAGUUCGAACGAAGACGGUGAAGAAGGCUGCCCGGGUCAUCGUCGAGAAGUAUUACAGCAAGCUGACCCUCGACUUCCAGGUCAACAAGAAGAUUACAGAGGAAGUGGCCACCAUUCCAUCGAAGCGCCUCCGCAACAAGAUCGCAGGCUUCACUACUCACCUCAUGAAGCGAAUCCAGAAGGGCCCUGUUCGUGGCAUCUCACUGAAGUUGCAGGAGGAGGAGCGCGAGCGACGCAUGGAGUUCGUGCCGGACCGGUCUGAGGUGGACACCAGCUUCAUCCAGGUGGAUGGUGACACAAGGGACAUGCUGAAGGAGAUGGAAAUGGACCGCCUGCCCAACAUCACCGUCUCCACGACCUCCCUGGUGGGCAUGACCAUGGGACGCCGCUAA